AUAAUAAUUUUAAUACACAUCAUUUCAACGGAGAGAACUGAUUAAAUCCUCUCUCUCUCUUUGACUUGGUUAAAUGCCCCAGGGGAAAACAGAAGGCGGCAUUAGCAGUAGUUUAUUCUCAGUUUGUCUGCCGGGUUGUUUGGUUUGUUGGAGACUAUUAACCAGUUGCUUCAACAUUUUGCACAUACGUUUUUGGAAUUGGAAUUAAUCUUUAUUAAGAAAUUCCAGCUGUUUUCCCCGCUAUACAAAACGAAAAUGUUUAAAGUUUUAAGCUCAUCAGUGAAAUUGGGUUCCCACCUUCGCCGUCCCCUACAACAGCAGCUAUGUGGCCGACACAUUGCCUCGUUGUCGGCCUUGCCCGAAACGCAUCAAAUGUUGCAAAAGACAUGCCGGGAUUUUGCCAAUUCCGAGCUGGUGCCCAAUGCCGCCAAAUGUGAUCGUGAACAUUUGUAUCCCGAGCAACAAAUUAAGAAAAUGGGAGAAUUGGGUCUAAUGGCUGUGGCCAUACCCGAGGAAUUAGGUGGCACUGGUCUUGAUUAUCUGGCCUAUGCUAUUGCCAUGGAAGAAGUCUCUCGGGGCUGUGCCUCGGCUGGUGUUAUUAUGUCGGUCAACAAUUCUCUGUAUUUGGGACCAAUUGCUGCCUUUGGCAAUGCCAAGCAAAAGGAAGAAUUCAUAACACCCUACACCACAGGCGAUAUUGUGGGUUGUUUUGCUCUGUCCGAACCCGGCAAUGGCUCGGAUGCAGGUGCUGCCUCUACCACGGCAGUUGAAAAGGGUGAUCACUAUGUUUUGAAUGGUACCAAGGCCUGGAUUACCAAUGCUUAUGAGGCCAAGGCAGCUGUGGUUUUUGCCACCACCGAUAAGUCGUUGAAACACAAAGGUAUUUCCGCCUUCAUUGUACCCAAAGACACCAAGGGCUUUUCAUUGGGCAAAAAAGAAGACAAACUGGGCAUACGUGGCUCCUCCACCUGUCAAUUAAUAUUCGAAGAUUGUGUCAUCCCCAAGGAGAAUAUUUUGGGAAAGCCGGGAUACGGUUUUAAAAUUGCCAUGAAAACCUUGGAUGCUGGUCGUAUUGGUAUUGCCGGUCAGGCUUUGGGUAUUGCCCAAGCUUCAUUGGAAUUGGCUGUGGAUUAUUCGCAGAAGAGAAUUGCUUUUGGUAAGCCCAUAUCAAAACUGCAAGCCAUACAACAAAAAAUCGCAGACAUGGCAUUGAGAGUUGAAUCGGCUCGCUUGCUGACAUGGCGUGCUGCCUGGUUAAAAGACAAUGAUAAGUCAUACACCAAAGAAGCUGCUAUGGCCAAGUUGGCCGCUUCCGAGGCGGCCACAUUUUGCAGUCAUCAAUGCAUUCAGGUUUUGGGCGGCAUGGGUUAUGUCUCCGACAUGGCUGCUGAACGUUAUUAUCGUGAUGCUCGCAUUACUGAAAUCUAUGAGGGUACCUCGGAAGUUCAACGUUUGGUAACAGCUGGUGCCAUUCUUAAGGAAUAUGCAGCCUAAGGAGGAGCAAAUAUUUGUUUUUAUAUGAGUGCCUUAUUGCGAGUGCCUUAUUUUGUUGAAAAAGGUUGAUCCAAAACUGUUUUUUGUAAUUUUUAAGCGAAAUCAAAGAUUUGAAUGCAUUUAUAUUGAAAGAUCACCGGAUAAUAAUGCCGUUUUUAGAACGUAAGAGAAAAGUAAAAUGUAAAUAAAUUUUUUUAUUCUAAUUUUAAAAA